UUUGUGUUGAGCACUCCAUUUAAUGAAGAAGGGGACAAUUAAUUACGAAUUUUAAUUUAAAAGUAUUCCUUGCUCUGAAAACGCGUUCAACUAUGCAAUUGAGCUCAAAAAACACUAAACGCCAUUUUCUUUGGCGUUUUCCUUUUAAAAAAGCACUAAAUUUUUGCUUAAAGUACAAAGUUGGCAACUAUGACUUGCAGUGUCUGCUUUCAAGUUUUGUUCAUUUUUUCAUGCUCUGUGUAUGUUUUUGGUGCCAACUUCUGACAGCUGUUCGCUAACUUGUAUGAACUCGCACGGCUCGGUUAUUGCUGUGAUUUGUUGCUGACUGACGAUUUGUUGUUUUUCCUUUUUUAGCCUUCACUGCUUUAUUGUAAAUAUGCUCAUAUAAAGAUAUUGAAAUUCUGAAUUUAUAUCGAAAUCAAGUCGUAAGCAGAGCCGUGUAUAAUAUAUGGAUAUAAUGUUAUCAAAGAAGUAGAAAACGAAACGGAUGUUCUGACCCUGUGACUUUUAGGACUUUUAAGUACGGUUGCAGCAGCCAAAAGUUAUAAACAGUGACCAACAGUGCACAAUAAAAUCGAGGAAUAAUAUUACGAAUAAGUAAUGUAUAAUAACAAUAAAUGCAUGGCAACGAUCUCAGAGUCCAUUUAACGCGUAAAGUGGAACGGUAUACAAGAUUUCUAAAGCUGGUUAUAAAAAGUCAAAUUUAGCAAAGCUAGGCAAUUGUGAAAGUAAUCAUAGAGAACAGGGGUCUCUGACGUACCCAAUCAGGGACAGAAAGCAAUUUUGUGUAUUUUGCUCUAACACAUUUUUUAACAUAUUUUGUGGUUUUAGAAGUGUAAUGUAAUUAUGUUAAUUAAAUGAAAAUGUAAAGUUUUCAUAACACUGAAAAUGUACUGAUUGUUAGCGGAUGCAGCUUGAAGGUGCAUAGCAAUAAAAAAAAAAUAUCUACGACCAUUUAAAUACACGUUGCAAUAACAACAUUUUCUUCGCAAGGGCAUAGUUUGCUUAGUAUUUUCUGACAUCCUUCGUUUCGUUGAUUACGUCUCUUCUGACCUCUUCCGUUGCCAAUGGCAGACUUCGAUGCAAUUUAUGAGGAUGAACAGUUGGAGGAGCACUAUGAAGAUCAAAAUGUCGCACCCGUGCCCGAACCGAUCAUCUUACGGGGUUCUGGCAACAUGACAGUAUUUGGCCUGACCAAUCGUUUUAGCACAGAAUUUCCCACGGGUCUGGUUUCGCGUGUAGCCCCUGAAGAAUUCAAAGCAACGAUUGGACGUAUUAACGGCAUUUUAAAGAAGACGCUGCCGGUGAACGUGAAAUGGCUAUUUUGCGGCUGCGUCUGCUGUUGCUGCACGCUGGGUUGCUCUCUGUGGCCGGUCAUCUGUCUGAGUAAGCGGACACAAAUAACUCUUGACAAGCUGCUCGAAUGGGAGAAUAGUCAUUUAUAUCAUAAACUCGGCCUACAUUGGCGACUUCAUAAGCAACAAUGUGAUUCCAAUUCGAUGAUGGAGUAUGUGUUACGAAUUGAGUUUAUACCGAAAACGCCGAUAUAUCGUCCGGACUAAAAGCAAAAAGAAUACAAAAAUAUAUUUAAAAAAAAAAAACACAAGUUCGCUGGGUGGGGAGGGGGGAGUCUACCAUAAGCUUUGAUA